CAGAAAUAUCGGGGAGUUCGGGUUCUGGUUCGGACACAGAUACGGUACUUAUCCCAGAUGAAUCAAGAUUUUCAUCCAGCGAACCGGAGGGGUCAAAACGCCCGGUAGGGGCAGACCUCCCCAGUUCACAGAAACAGCAUGGGAAAGGGACUGGGAAAGUGCCAAAGCCGGGAAGGGGGGCUGCGGGGGGACCAGAACGGGAGGAGGGAUUGCUCUCUCGCGGUGGGCAUGGCCGCGCGGUGGCCGUGGCGAACACUGCGGGGGGGCGCGGAGGCAGUGGGUAAUGUGUGUUCCGGCGCGGGGUUUGCGAGCAAAAUGCCAAUGGCGGCGGCCUCGGCCGGCGCUGUGCCAAAGAUGCGCGCGGAGGGCAAGACCCGCGGAGCUUCCGGGAAGGGCUCUCAAAGUAACGCGUCCAUGUCAGACGCGGGCGGCGAGCUCGGGGCAGCCGCGGAACCCCGAGUGGCACCCGUAGGUAGACGUAGGAGACGCCGGAUGAGGCAGGACCCAGAUGUUGCAGUGAGACGGUCUGCCCGCAUCGCAGAACGUAGGCAGGCACAGGCGGGGCGGAGGCUGCACGCGCGGGCAGGGGGCGUGGAUACAACGUCAGAGGAGGAGGAGGAGAGAGAGUCAGGGACAGACAUAGAGGAGGAGACAUCAGAGGAGGAGCGGGACGGAGACAGUGACGUCAGUUCAGGGGAGACGGGAGGCAUUCCCGAACCUGCGCAGGCGCAGAAAGUGCGGCGGGAGCGCGGUCGAGGGCGGUGCCAAUCCCCAGUGACGUUGCGGGCAAGAAGGGGCCAUGUUCGGGGUUCCACAUCCCGGGACUCCACCCCUUCCUCGGCUCCGGCUUCCCCGAUCCCAAUCCCUGCAGUUCAAACCUCUUCCAUUCCUGAGAGACGUGCAUGUGUUCAGCCUUCAUUGUUGGCUCAUUCAAAACCCGUGCAAACUCAGUUCCAAAAACCAAAAACGCUGCAUUCAGCUGAAGCGGCUGAAGAGCCGACCGAGUCUGUGAUGUCAUCACGGUCUUCCAGGCCGAUCACAGCGCCAUCUAGUGGCGAGAGGACCACAUUGCAGGACAUGCCAGAUCCGGUCGGUCGCGCCACAGCGCCAUCUCGUGGCAAAACAACAACAAUGCAGCAUUUUUUUCCAACAUCUUAUAAAAGGAAGAAGACAACAAAAAAGGAAAAGGAAACACAGCAGACAGAUUCUCUGUCGACUUCAAAGCUUCAAGGAUUCAAAGACAAGCCAUCAGAAGAAAAAAAGAAGAAGAAGGAAAAAACAUUAUACAAAUCACAGCUUCAGAGGGAACUCCAGCAUGGAUGUUUACAAUAGCAGAUGCAGCAAAAACCUUUUUGCAUUCAUUUGAAACAAAGAAGAAGAAGAAGCCACAAGGGUUUGACAUUCCUUUUUUAGAUUUGGGGGCAAGACUGAAAACCUCAAGUCGAAGGAUGUGGACCAAGGAAUCACUGAUGACUUCCAGGGUUCCACUGAGCACGCUGUUGCCAUCAGAACUACCAGAGGAAGAGCUUCCAGAGGAAGAAGAAAAGCAACCAAAGAGGUCAAUAGAUUGGGAAAGCAUCAGAAAGGAGCUGUCCGAGGAGGAGGGUUUGACAAGAGGACCAGAAGAUUUGACAAUGCCAGUGACUUAUGAUGCACAGGGACAAAACCCAAGGUGGGAAAGGCUGGAUCGCAACACGAUCAAAGAUUUAGCAAAAGCCAUUCAGAGCAAUGGAUUGAACUCACGAUAUUUCAAACAACUACUGAAGGGGACACUCGAUAUGUAUGAGUUCACACCAUAUGACAUCCGAAACCUUGUGUCAAUCAUUCUCACGGACACGGAGAAUCUCAUCUGGGACAGAAGAUGGUGAAGAUAUCUCGAAGAGUUGAGGAACAGUUAUCAAGGCGGACCAAAUGCAAACCUCACUGUAGCACAGUUGGCAGGGGAUCCUCCAAAUGACAAUCCAGCGGAACAAGCAGCACGACUUCCGAGACGAGUGCUGAAUGACAUCAAGGAAGCGGCACGAAGAGCAAUCAUACAGAUUCCACCAGCAGGAGUUCCAGAUGUCCCAUUCUCUUCCAUCAAGCAAGGUCCCACAGAACCAUUUUCAUCAUACAUCGAUUGACUCUCACAAGCUUUGGAUCGACAGGUGACAGAUGAACAGGUAAAGCAGCCGGUCAUGGAAAGUUUAGCCUUCGGCGGUGCCAACCCGGAUUGCCAACGGGUCAUCUCAGCAAUGCCAGGACGGCCAUCCUUGGCAGAGAUGGUGGAGGCUUGCAGCAAAGUGGGAACACCUCAGCAUGUUGCAUCGAUUGUGAGGGACGAGUUGAGGAGAGAGUGGGAAGAACAGAUGAAGGAACAGAUGAAAGGACAUUUAGAGAAACAAUCAAAGGAGAAGACGCUGGAAGAAAGGCUCCAAGAACAGAAGAAUGAGAUAAUGAGUGAAGUUCAUGCAGCCAUCAAGAAGAGCAACCCAUUAGGAGGACAAUGUUACAGGUGCGGAGCAUUUGGGCACAUGAUGAAGAAUUGUCCACAGACGAACAUUCAAGUGCAGGCACUAAAGCUGCAAAACCCAGUCUGUGAGCGGUGCGGAAAAGGAAGACACACAGUGAGAGAAUGUUACUCCCAGAGAGACGUGUAUGGAAAUCCUUUACCAUACCCGGGAGACGGAAAGUUCAGGGCACACAACCAUCAUCAACAUGCUGUGACACAAGUGAUGGUGAUGACCCAAGAGCAGACAGUGCAAUCAUCGGAGGACGUCAAGCAGAUGCACUCAGCUGUGGGAACUCAGCGCAUCACCUCGGAUGCUCUGAGUCCCAGGGAGACCUUGGGGGGGCUCAGAAGUCCUGGAAUGUAGCCAAAAGCACCUGGCGGCUUGAUUUUGACCCUUCAAGGGUCGUGCUAUCUAAGCAUGAGGGUCUGGAGGUUUCUGAGGUUUGAAUGGUGUAGGGCAGGUGUUUUUGUAGAAUAGAAUGUAGGUUUUAGGAUUUUGGUACAGGGGGGUCUAAUGGAGGCAAGAUGGAGGAUUCAGGCCCGACCUCGUGGCUUUUCUCCUUCUUCUUGUCAUCCAUCUUCUCUGUGAUGUGUGCAUUUUAGAUUGGUUCAUGCUAAAGGUGCACUGUUUAAUAAAAGUGAUGGGUAUUGGAGAAAAAUUGUAAAUAUCAUAUACGUAAUUAUCAGUAUAAGAAUGUGCGACCGCCCUAAGAGGAGGAGGAGUGCUUGUGGCUGCCUUGCUGGUCAGCUCUCAGCUGGGCAGAACAAAAAUCAUAUAGAUAAGCUAUAAUAAACAACCUGAAGACUGAACUAUAGAGGAGUCCAGACUCGUCUGUUCAACGCGGGUUGCCUGCGAACCGUCCUACGCGAACCAAUCUACGCAUGUCCGACAGAGACAGACAGCCGAUCGGACAAAGAUGAGCUGCUGAGGAUUCAGCCUCAGUUGCUCGAUGCUCUGCAUACUCAUGGACUGCAGGUGGCUCCAGAAAAGGUUCAACAACAACCGCCUUGGAAAUAUUUGGGGGUCAAAAUCCUGGAGCGGACAAUCUGUCACCAGGAGGUGCAAUUUGUGCAAUCUGUGAAGACACUGAACGAUGCUCAGAAAUUGGUGGGUGUCAUCACUUGGUUACGUCCGUACCUGGAACUAACUGAUGCACAGCUGUCUCCACUGUAUGAUUUGUUGAAAGGAGACUCUGACCUAAGGUCACCUCGCACAUUGACCCCUGAGGCGCGUGAGGCACUGCAGGUGGUUCAGCGAGCUGUUUUGGCUUGCCAAGUUUAUCGCAUUGAUCCCUCCGUUGAUGUCACUGUGUUUAUCACCAAUCUAGAUUCGCAUCCCACAGGCAUCAUUGGCCAAUGGAGUGACAAAUGGCCCGACACCUUGCACAUUUUGGAAUGGGUUUUCCUGCCCCAUCAGCUGCAGAAGACGGCAACUGCAUUGUUUGAGCUGAUUGCUCGCCUGAUAAUCAAAUGCCGACAACGGUGUUUGCAAUUGAUGGGUGCGGAUCCUGCAAAGAUCAUACUCCCGGUACCCCAGGAGGAUUUUGACUGGAGCUUCGCAAACAGUGUGUCCCUGCAGAGCGCUCUGGAAAAUUUUUCAGGGCAGAUCACUUAUCAUCUGCCCAGCCAUAGGCUAUUACACGUGGUAAAGUCCACACAGAUCUCUUUGCGGCCCAAAAUUAGUCAGGAACCCGUGCAAGGACCCACCGUCUUCACUGAUGGUUCAGGGAAAACAGGAAAGGCCAUUGUUACCUGGAGGGACGGAUCUGAGUGGCAGGUUCUGGAAGGCCAUGAGGAUGGGUCAGCCCAAUUGGUUGAGUUGAGGGCUGCUGUCAUGGUGUUUGAGAAAUUCUCCCAGGAACCUUUCAACUUGGUCACGGAUUCCGCCUAUGUGGCCGACAUUGCACAGCGGUUGGGUCAUUCGGUAUUGAAGGAGGUCAGUAAUCCUGCCUUGUUUCAGUUACUGAAGACCUUGUGGUGUGUCAUUGAGGCCAGGGUUCAUCCGUUCUAUGUUCUGCAUGUGAGGAGUCACACCAAUUUGCCAGGAUUUAUAGUGGAAGGUAACGCGAGGGCUGACAAGUUAGCUAACCCAGCGUGGGUGGCGCCUCAGCCUGAUACACUCGCGCAGGCCAAGGCAUCACAUGGGUUUUUCCACCAAAACGCACAUACCCUGCAAAAGCAGUUUCAGCUGACGCCAACUGAGGCUCGUGACAUUGUUGAGUCAUGUGAUGACUGCCACGUACUUGCUCCGCCUUUGCCGGCAGGGGUAAACCCCAGAGGCCUUCGGGCCUUGGAGCUUUGGCAGACCGAUGUCACCCAGAUUGCCGAGUUUGACCAGCUCAAGUAUGUGCAUGUCACGGUGG